GCAACAUAAAGACUCGAAGGGAUUGACCAAUUAUUGCUAUCUGACGUCCAAGGCCUGUGUAUACUCGUCUAUCACACUAGUCCUUCUUUUCACCGUCCUGUGGACAGAUGUUUACGACCUCGCCGAAGCGCAAACAACCCUACCAUCAUCACCAUGUCAUGCGACACAAGGCUCAGAGUAUCCCUUCGAAAGAGCCGGCGCUCAUCGAACAAGAGGUGGUCGACAAAUUGCUAGUAGAUUGUGUCAAGACAAUAUGCGAGGCAGAGGCGCUGAAGCAGAAUAUAACAAACCCUUACAUCGAGUCGGUAGCCUUGGAAUCCUUGACCGCGACAAUGCAAGAAUUCGUGCUCAAGUUUCUCUCCAUCGUCCGCCGGUCAAUGCUGGCUGCUCGGCGAACAGUCCCAGUAGCCACCGAUUUUGAGAGUGCGAUCGAGGCACUCGACAUCCCUCGACCAGAUGACCAACUCAAGCCCUACACAUCUCAGCCGCCCAUCAAUCCUCCCUUGUAUCCCACUCCUCCUCCCGAAGACUCCUUCCACCAUGUACUCGAGCUUCCCGCCUCCUUCCUCGGCCCCGAACUUGACGGACACGGUGAGAUCAAGAAAUUCGCUUUCAAUACCAAAGGGCUACCCGAGCUCCCUUCUGCGCACACCUACAGGGAUACCCCGGUAUUCCCGCACCGCGAAGCUGACACUAGAAAGAUCAGAGAAUUGGCGACGCAAGAAGGCAAACUUGGCGAGCAGGCGCUGCGAAAAUUGGCUGGCGCAGUCAAGCUGGAUGGGUCCCAUCCACUGGAGCUGGAGGCUUCCAGACAGAAAUUGGCAUCUGGAACACGGAGACGAGCGAAGAACACCGUGGCUAUAUCCGAAGAAGCUGUAUUCGAAGAGACGUUGCGAGAGCUUCUGGCCAAAGAGCCUGGAGGUUUCGAAUUGGGGCCGAUUGUGACCAGCGAGAAGGCUUAUCGAAUGCCGGAUGACGUCCAGGUCAAGAGGAAGGCGCCCGUGAACGGUGCUGGGUCGAGCCAGAAUGAGAAAUCAUCUGACUCCUCUGUGCCGCGGCACCGUACAAUGGAGCUCUUUUAAUCUUGGAGAUUGUGAUUCCACAGCGUCGGCGUUGGCGGUGAGGAAUAGGUUGAAGAUAUUGCAUAUGAUACCCGCGGAAGAGAUUCAUUUUCCGGACCAGAAAUAGCUCCCAUAUUUGGCAAUCGAAGUUGUUGCUGAAUCAUCGGC